AGGAGCCCGAGGUGGACCCGCGCAGGCAGGACCCGCCGCCCCGGGCGCCGCCGGUGCAGAUGCCGGUGAUCGACACGGGCGAUGGAGGUAAGCUGGACGUGAUGUCGAAGCUGCUCGAGGACCGACCGCGUCAUCAUCCUCGGGGGGGAGGUGAAGGACGAGAUGGCCCAGGUGCUCAUUGCCCAGAUGCUGUAUCUCUCUAGCGAGAACCCCAACGAGGACGACAUUACAAUGUACAUCAACUCGCCUGGCGGCUCGGUGUCCGCGGGCAUGCCCCGGGCCAUCCACGACACAAUGCAGUUCAUCCCGUGCGACGUUAAGACGGUGUGCUUUGGGCUGGCGGCAUCCAUGGGCUCCUUCCUCCUGGCCGCGGGCACCAAGGGCAAGCGCAUGAGCCUGCCGAACUCCCGCAUCAUGAUCCACCAGCCCCUGGGCGGUGCGCAGGGGCAGGCCACGGACGUCCGCAUCCAGGCCCGCGAGAUCCUCUUCAUGCGGGAGAUCCUGAACCAGCACCUGGCCGACUGCACGGGGCAGACGAUGGAUAAGAUCAAGGAGGACUGCGACCGGGACAACUUCAUGACGCCGGAGGAGGCCAAGGACCGAGUGCGGCCGCCUCCAGGGGGUGUUCCGUGACGUGCGCAUCUUGCCGUUGCAGUGCCCAUUCGCGCUGGAGAUCGAUUCGAUUGAUCGGCACAUUUUUUGGAUCACCUCAGGCAUGCACCCGUUCCUUGGCCGAUUGUUGCGCUGCAGAAAAUGCCGAGGAGUACGGCCUCAUCGAUGACAUCAUCCCCACCAAGUCCUGGCCGCGCAUCCAGAAGCCGCCGCGCCCCGACCUGUGAGCGUCGAGCGCACCCCGCCGCCAGCGCAGGGGGGGGCGCACCUCCCCGCUGGGUCGGGGCCGCGGGGGCCUCGAGGGCUAGGCUGCUCCAGCCUACACUGGCCUCGAUCACCAGGAAGAUUUUCGAGCACCAGGAAAGUAAUCGUCUCUCUUUGGUUUCUUCCCCACAAGCAGGU